AGGAACAAGAGGAUGAGCAGACAUCAAAUGUAGUCAUGCUGAGUUACUUUGGGAGAUGCCAUGCAAAAUAUUUUGCUCUGGAGCAAACAGGUUGGGGCGUGCAUACUCAUGGUGGUUGUUGCCAAAGCAACCAGCACUUGAAGGCUGGAAGUUGCUUUCCUGGGAGAAUUUUUUUGGAACUUCGAUGACAAAUUGCUUAGUUAUCCACUAAAAAGCUGAUGUGGCUUUCCAGAAGGAUGACCUUCACCUUGAGAUGGAUGGCUGAGUGCAGAGUCCAGGUCAGUGUGGACAUAAAAGCUUUGUUUGAAUUACUGGAAUGGCUGAAUUUGGGUUUACUUUCCACUCACUUCUUUACUUUGGAACAAAUGACUGCAGUGUUGCUGAGAUUUUUCUGCCCUUGUGUUAAAUACCCAAUGGGCCUAGGCAUUCCUGCUGUUGGGAUGCACGGAGCAGCCAGGCUCCCACACACCUCCAGGCUGCAGCUCUAUUCUGGACCACCAUGCCCAUGCCUCAGCAGGUCCCUUCAUUUCCAGCCGCCCACUGCUUGGUCUGGAGCUCUCCAGAUACCUGACCAGACUCCAUUCUGCCAAGUUAACAGGAAAUCCUGGCUGAGCAAAGUUGGAAGCCCAAGUUCCCGCAUUGAUAAAACAAGUUUUUCCAAUGAAAAGGAGAUCUCCAAGCUUGACUUCUCGGAUUUCAACACUAGAUACUAACAGGAGGGCACCUCACUAAGCACAAAACUCUGGCAUUUCUGCUGCAUGAUAUUUUUUGUGCCUCCAUCAAAUGUCACAAGAGCAUCGAGAUACUUUUCUGUACUAGGGAUAAACAUAAAUGCUCCCUGUUCCCACCAAAUAAGAAUUCCUGGUUGCUGUGUUAGAUAUCUUAGCAUGAAUGUCAACAUUCAGUGUCUAAAAUGCCAAUAUCUAAUUUGUUGCAGCUUUGAAAGACAGAUAAAAGCUUAGAAGUGCUGGUGAUUAUUUGUGCACAAUGAGACUUGUUACAUACAACCAGAUGGUACCUAAUCUUUACACUGUGAGUCAUAUUUAGAUGAAAAAUAAUAAAUUUAUGUUCUACUGUUUGUAAUCUCACCAAAAAUACAUAACUACAGAACUGGAUAACUUGAGAGUUCUCUGUAACAAGUCUGUUAUAGACCAGGCUCUUUGUGAUAAUUAAUAAGGUUAUAGUGGUAAUUUAAAAUAAAUAUGUUGAUUCAAACUACGAUUAUCUAACCAGCUCUGGUUUAAAAUUCUCCUUUGUAAUUCAGAUAAAUCUUGUUCCAAGGUGAGGAAAUGUGUGGCCUCUCACCCUGUUUUUCUCUUGUCUACCUGUAGCUUACAUCCAUGCUGACUGUAAAGAAUGUUUAAAUCUCUUUGCUUUUUGUUCUUACUAAAAUUGAAGAUUUAAGAGAUUUUCCA